AUGGCAGUAAAUUCAAUCAGACUAUCACUUCUUAUGUUUCUGGCCAUGUUCAUAACUUCAGAAGCAGAACUUGGACAGCCUAAAGAGACCAAGUUGACACUAUAUUUUCAAGAUUAUUCGGGGGGGCCUAACGCCACUGUUGUACAGAUUACGGGUCAACCUGAUGGCCUUCUUAGCUUCACCAAAUUUGGAGCCAUCUUCUGCACCGAUGACCCAAUAACCCGAGGGUUUGAUCCGUCUUCGGCAGAGAUAGCACGGGCCCAAGGUUUGUAUGUGACCUCAGCUUUAGAUGGGUCAAAUACACAUGUCCUAAUAUCGAUUGUUUUCACCAGUGAGGAAUACAAAGGUAGCACUCUUGAAAUACAAGGAAGCAGUGCUCAGUUUGAGAGGGUUAGAGAAGUGGCCAUAGUUGGCGGCACCGGAAAAUUCCGUCUGGCACGCGGUUACUUGACUUUUGAGACGAUUCAUUACGAUGCUACAAGUUACUAUGCAGUCAUUCAAUGCAACGUCACUGUGUUACACUAG